AUGGAACGUCAGCCUUUGCUUUCACAGGUCGGCAACCUUGUCGGCAGCCACCAGCAGGACGAGGAAGGCCAGGCCUCUGGUGGUGAUCAUCCCAUUUUCCUCCGUGCUGCCCAUUCGCCAUGGAGACCACUCAACCAAAAUGCCUUGGGUUACAUCCGGGCUGCCCUCGUGGCCUACUUGAUCGCAACCGCCGGCAUGCUACUCGACUACGAGCUCAAACAUCGCGAGAGCGAAUACACGGAGUGGCGCAUUCCUUUCCAGUUCUCUGCUGUCACCUGGUUCCUGCUCAUCGUCUAUCACAUCCUUGUCUUUUCAUGGACGAUCACCCAUAUGCACUGGCCCGACAUCGAUGAGAACGACACACGCUGGGAGUCUCGACUACUCCGCUUCAUGUCUCCCCCUGAGCAGACUGCCAAUGGUCGUGGCCGCAUCUACUUCAGCCUGUUCCAUGUCGUCACCCAAGUCUUUGCCCUCUUGAACGUCGUUGUGUACUGGACUAUCCAGGUGCCCAACGGCCGUGGCCACCUGCCAGCACCCGGCGAAGGCGGCGGUGAUGGCGGCGGUGGCGAUGAUGGUGGUGGCGACGCCUUCAUUGCCUACGGAGACGGUGCCAGCAAGAACCCCUUCAAGGAAGUCCACGGCUGGUUCCCUAUAUACUGUCUGUUCAAUCUCUACGUCUUCCCGGCUCUCGAAGUCGUGGUUGAGUCCGUCGUCCUGAACAGCAUGAGACGACCUGAGCCCGUCCCGACCCACCUGUUUACCAGUAUCGGAUCCGCUGCAUUGUAUCUAGUAUACGCGAUGAUCGGCAAGAAGCUUACCGGCCAUAAUGCCUUCUUCUGGCUGGACGAGUCCAUCGUCGGUAGCAAAGAAAAGGUGACGGCAUACUGCACUGGCUUCAUCGCCCUGGCAGCUGCAUCUUUUGCCACGCUUUACGGCAUCGUCGGCAUGCGCGAGAGUAUCUCUGAUCGUGCCCAUUCUCGAUGA